GAGAGAGAGAGAGAGAGGGAGAGGGAGAGUGAAGAAGAAGAGGAGGAAAAAGCAGAGAAGAGGAAUAUUUGCUGGAGCUGAAGUGUUUAUGUUUCGCCAUUGGACUGCUGGGUGAAGGGGCACGAGGAGGAGAAGAAGCUGUCUCUGUGACAUGCCAACAUGUUUGGACCUUGACUGAUCAGAGAGAGGUGUUGGUGGAGGUGGGGGACAAACAGUUAGGAAGACGAGGAGGAGGAACUAGGGAAAAGGAUGAGGAAGAAGGAGGUGGUGGAAAAGUCGGGGGCUCCGUUUUAUCAGGACAUUGUUGGAUGAACGAGUCGACGGAGGGGUUUUCGAAACAGGAAUUUAAGAGCAAAGAGUGACAACUGAGAAGCACUCAGUGUGUGUGUGUGUGUGUGUGUGUGUGAGACCGGUGGAGGGUCGAGAACUGGAAGGCCAGGGGAGUAACCUGGCCAUUAAACGGACUGGAAGUCUCUCCUCUCCUGGGAUCAUGUACCCUCAGGGCAGGCAUCCGGUCCCCUUGCAGCCUGGCCAGUCUUUCAAGUUCACAGUCCUGGAAACUCUGGACCGCAUCAAGGAGGAAUUCCAGUUCCUUCAGGCUCAGUAUCACAGCCUGAAGCUGGAGUGUGAGAAGCUGGCCAGUGAGAAGACAGAAAUGCAGAGACACUACAUCAUGUACUACGAAAUGUCCUACGGCCUCAACAUCGAGAUGCACAAACAGGCAGAAAUUGUCAAGCGUCUCAGUGCCAUCUGUGCUCAGAUCAUCCCUUUCCUCUCUCAGGAGCACCAGCAGCAAGUGGUCCAAGCAGUGGAGAGAGCCAAGCAGGUCACAAUGGCUGAGCUCAAUGCCAUUAUUGGGCAGCAGCAGCUCCAGCACCUGUCUCACCACGCUCCCGGCAUCCCCCUGACGCCACACCCGUCAGGUCUGUCCCUGGGUGCAGGGGGCUCGGGGCUUCUGGCGCUGACUGGAGCCCUGGGGGUCUCGGCUCACCUUGCCUCCAAAGAUGAAAGAAACCAUCUCGAUCCAGAACAUCUUAGAGAGGGAGCACCCAGCAGGAGUAAGUCUGUGUCGUCGACAGACAGCCAGCCGAACGAGGAGCGCCAAGGCCCAUCAGGAGGAUACUCUUCCCUGCAGGGAGGAGCUGAGGCCAAGAGGAGGCGCUGUGAUGACAAAGAAUCACUCCCUCCACACUCCUAUGACAGUGAUGGAGACAAAAGUGAAGACAAUCUUGUAGUGGACGUCUCCAAUGAGGAGCCUAACUCUCCUGCCGGCAGCCCGCCUCAUUCCCCCCAUGGGAACGGGCUGGACCGAGCACCUACCCUGAGGAAGGAGCUCCCCGGUUCCUCGAGCACCGGAGACGCUCCUUCCACGCCUAACCCUCGCAGUCCCACCCCCGGGAAGACCAAGGAACCUGCACAGAUGGAUAAGUCUCAAUCUCCGUUGUCCAAAUCUGGCACCCCCUCCCCGUCUCACCGUGAAGCUCUUACCCCCGGAGCACCAGGAGCCCCUGGAGCUCCAGGUCCCAGCACCUCCUGCCUUCGCCUGGUUAGCAAAGCAGCAACCAGUGCAGACCCUCUUGCUCUCCGCAGUCCCAUGUCUGUGCCCCCUGGUUCAUACCCGGCUCAUUUUGGCGUGGUGUCCCACGCAGGACUGAACGGGGAGCUGGCCAGCCCGGGAGGAUUCGGAGGGGCUCUCACGCUGUCCCCGCAGAUCAGUGCAGCAGCCAGCGCCUACUCCCGCAGCCCCAUGGUGGCGUAUGACUCUCGGUCUCACCUGAGAGCUUCAGGGCUGUCGACCUCUCUGCCCGGCUCCUCUGGUGGCAAACCUGCCUACUCGUUCCACGUGAGCGCCGACGGUCAGAUGCAGCCGGUGCCGUUUCCCCCCGACGCCCUGCUCGGUCCGGGAAUCCCGCGUCACGCCCGUCAGAUCCACACAUUGAGCCACGGCGAGGUGGUGUGCGCCGUCACCAUCAGCACCUCCACGCGCCACGUUUACACCGGAGGCAAGGGCUGCGUCAAGGUGUGGGACAUCAGCCAACCAGGAAGCAAGAGUCCCAUGGCCCAGCUGGACUGUCUGAACAGGGAUAACUACAUCCGCUCUUGCAAGCUGCUCUCUGACGGGCGAACCCUGAUCGUCGGCGGCGAGGCCAGCACGCUGUCCAUCUGGGAUUUGGCCACGCCCACACCACGCAUCAAGGCGGAGCUAACGUCGUCCGCUCCGGCCUGCUACGCCCUGGCCAUCUCUCCCGACAACAAGGUCUGCUUCUCCUGCUGCAGCGACGGAAACAUCGUGGUCUGGGACCUCCACAACCAGACGCUGGUCAGGGGGGCUGGACAACACGGUGCGCUGCUGGGACCUCCGAGAGGGACGGCAGCUGCAGCAGCACGACUUCACCUCACAGAUCUUCUCUCUGGGCUACUGUCCGACAGGCGAGUGGCUCGCCGUGGGGAUGGAGAGCAGCAACGUGGAGGUCCUGCACGUCUCCAAACCAGACAAGUACCAGCUGCACCUCCACGAGAGCUGCGUCCUGUCGCUCAAGUUCGCCUACUGCGGAAAGUGGUUCGUGAGCACGGGAAAGGACAAUCUGUUGAAUGCAUGGAGGACGCCAUAUGGAGCGAGUAUCUUCCAG